AUGGGAGAACCCGGCAUAAUACGAAAGUUAAAUGAAGAAGUAAUAAAUCGUAUAGCUGCAGGUGAAAUUGUUCAAAGGCCUUCAAAUGCGUUAAAAGAGUUAAUAGAAAACAGUUUGGACGCUAAAGCAACAAACAUUAUAAUAACUGUGAAGGCCGGCGGACUAAAGUAUUUACAGAUUCAGGACAAUGGCACAGGUAUAAGAAGUGAGGACUUGGAGAUAGUCUGUGAAAGGUUCACAACAUCUAAACUGAGGGAAUAUGAAGAUCUGAAGGAGAUUGCCACAUAUGGGUUCCGGGGUGAAGCCCUAUCUAGUAUCAGUCACAUAGCUCAUCUUACUAUACUCACUAAGACAGCUGCCUCUAAAUGUGCUUAUAAAGCUUCAUAUGAAAAUGGAAAACUAAAGGCUCCAAUGAAGCCGUGUGCUGGCAACAAUGGUACUCAAAUAACUGUUGAAGAUCUGUUUUACAACGUGAUAGCUCGUAAGAAGUCACUCCGGAGCCCUACGGAGGAGUACACGCAUAUAAUGGAGGUGGUUGGAGGGUAUGCGAUACAUAACAGCCACGUAGGGUUCACUUUGAAGAAGUUUGGAGAGAACACGGAUCUGAAGACUCCGAUUAAUUCUUCUGUUAUUGAAAAUGUUCGGAUUAUACAUGGUAACGCGAUUGCUCGCGAACUAAUGGAUAUAGAACUACACGAUUCUUCCCUAAAGCUUACAUUACGAGGCUGUAUAACAAACGUCAACUAUUCACAUAAAAAAGGAACUAUGCUAUUGUUCAUCAACCAUAGAUUAGUGGAUUCGCUAUCAAUAAGAAAAGCCGUGGAUUCAAUAUAUUCGACUUAUUUACCUAAAAAUGCGCACGCCUUCGUCUAUCUUAGUCUGGAAUUAGAUCCAAGAAAUGUUGACGUAAACGUGCACCCGACUAAACACGAAGUACAGUUUUUGUAUGAAGAGCAAAUUAUUGAGAAGAUCAAGUCUUGUAUAGAGAGCAAGCUGCUGAGCUGUAAUUCUACCAGGGUUAUGUACACACAGGCACGAUUACCAGGCGCUACGAUGGUAGAGGAGAUCGUGAAGAAGACGACAGAAACGAAAUUAAACCCUAGUUACAUGGUCCGAGUUAACUCAGACGUGCAAAAGAUAGACAAAUUCUUUCCUACACUAAAUAAACCGAAUGACACUAUAACUGACACUGAGAUCAAUAUGGAAGUACAAAAUGAGCCUAAAAACACAAAAGUACCAGAUAUAAUCGUUGAUAGAGAAUCGGACGAAGUUCUAGAAAAUUCUAUAGGCGAAGAACCAAGAAAUGAGCGACAGGACCAAUACAAGACUCAUACAGCUUUAGACCAAGCUAACUUAAGUUAUAUAGACCCAAAAGAUUCAUUCAAAACGAGAACCUUUAAGUACGAGAGGGUCGAAACUAAGUUGACGAGUAUAAAACAACUCAGACUAGAUGUCGAGAAUAAAUGUAACACAAAUCUGAGAGAGAUUCUAGCGAAUUUGAUCUUUAUUGCAUGUAUCGAUUGCCACAAAUCACUCAUACAGCAUUCUACAAAGUUAUAUUUGUGCGAUACGACUAAAUUUGCAGAAGAAUUGUUCUACGAGACACUGCUGUACGACUUCCAGAACUUUGGACUAAUAAAGUUAUCCAGUCCGUUGCCGUUAGAAGAACUCUUUGUUCUAGGACUUAGCUCACAGGAGAGUAAUUGGGACCCAGAAUUAGGUGAUAUGCGAGAUAUGGCACAGCAAAUGACCGAGUUACUUGUCGGCAAGCGCAAUAUGCUGUAUGAAUACUUCUCAUUCGAAAUGAACAGUAAUGGAGAGCUCCUGGCGUUACCUUUGUUGUUAGACGGCCACACUCCGUUCAUGGGUGCUCUUCCCACGUAUCUCGUCCGCCUGGUUACCGAAGUGAACUGGGAUAGUGAAAAGGAAUGUUUCGAGAGUUUUAGCCGGCAGACGGCUAUAUUCUACUCUCAGCCCAACCCAGACCCAAAUCCAGAUAGUCUGAGAUCUGAACAAUGGCGACAGGAACAUGUCCUGUUCCCUGCGAUUAGACGAAACUUUUUGCCUCCAACUAGCUUCGUUCACAACGGCGCCAUAUUGCAAAUUGCUAGCUUAAACGAUUUGUAUAAAGUGUUCGAAAGAUGUUAA